GCUGUUUCACAACACUACACUGCAAGCCUAAUGAGGUUGUUGUUCUGUUGUUCUUAUAAAAUUUGCAGUUUAAUUGUUUAAAAUAAAUAAAACGCCAAUUAUAACUCGAACUUACACAACAGCAGCUACAACAACAACAUCGAUACAAUUGCUACGCUUUGGUUUUAUCUGUCUACCCCCUCCCCACGCACACACAACACACACACACACAGAAACACACAGCUACAUAUUUUUGUAAAUUUUAACUUGCAUUACCUAAGUAGUUUAUUUAAACAUCCAUAUCCUAUCUAUAUUGUAAAACGCAAGACUAUCCAAAAAGCAAUGUCGGAUCUUUUUACCACUUUUGAUAGCAACAGCGGGCAACACGACACACCAAUGGCAUCGCCCUCACAACACAGCCCCAUGACAAACAACAGUAACUCAUCCUCCACACAAAACGGUGGCACAACAGCGUCUCAAGCGGUCGCUAGCGGUGCUGGUGCUGGUGCUGGUGGUGUUGGUGGCGGUGGUGGUGGUGGGAGCGGUACAGGGGCUAGUGGUAAGAGCACAAGCCACAGCGCUGCAACGGGCGCGGAGAAUACACCUAUGUUAACGAAGCCGCGUCUCACAGAGCUGGUGCGCGAGGUGGACACCACCACGCAACUGGAUGAGGAUGUGGAAGAGCUGUUGCUGCAAAUCAUAGACGACUUUGUCGAGGACACCGUCAAAUCGACGAGCGCCUUUGCCAAGCACCGCAAAUCAAACAAAAUCGAGGUGCGCGACGUGCAGCUGCAUUUUGAGCGAAAAUAUAAUAUGUGGAUACCCGGCUUUGGCACAGAUGAAUUGCGUCCGUAUAAGCGUGCUGCGGUGACCGAGGCGCACAAGCAGCGUCUAGCAUUGAUAAGGAAAACUAUAAAAAAGUACUAGAGGGGUGGGGCGGACGGGUGCUAUGCAGGGUUACUAGUUUGUCAAUAUAAUUUGUAUGAUACUUUCAUGAAAGAACACUCCAAUUCAUUUUAGCCACAUUCAACUUAGAGUAUAAGCAGCAAA